AUGGCAUCCAGCGAGGAAGCGUUCGAAAACGAUGAGAACCUUCAGCCCACUGCUCCCAACGUGCAGGAUAGGCCCAGCGACAGUGAUCGGGCCAGAUUCGGCUUUAAGCUGCGACCAGCGCAGACCAAAUCAGUUCAGGCCGUGAGAAAAGAUGCUCAAACCUCCUGCGGCGUCGACCUGCAGAAAGUGUUGAGGGAUACACUUGGAGAUCCAGAUUGCAUCCUUCCCGUUCUGAAGCUGAAGCCCACUGCCGGCAAGUACGACUUCAAGGACAAAAUCGCAGACCUCCAGGCGAUGAUCUGCCCCCUGAAGAACGCGCUCUCAGACCAGCGACUCAAAGCCAAAGCUUUGGAGGACGCGCUGGCAGCUGCUGAGCAAGACGUGAACGCAAGGUUGUGUUCCUCGAAAAACGAGCUCAAGGAGGCAGCAGCACAGCUGGCCUCAGUGCAGAAAGAGGCCGCAGGCCGAGAAGCACUCCUCGCAAAGCAGUUGUGCGAAGAGUCCAACCGAGUGCGUCGUCUUGAGCAAGACGUAGAAAAAGCAAGGGCAAGCGCAUCUGCUCAAGCAGAAGAUGCUGCUGCUGCACGCCGCAGAUGCGAGGACAUGUCGGACAGGCAUCGCCGACAGAUGGAAGAGGUAGCAACCACUCUGCGUCGUCAGGUCGACGAGACGAUGCAGGCCAAGGAACAGCUCGUCGAAGCUCACAGGAAAAAGGAAGCUGCUCUCUUGGCAGAUUACAACAAAGCCAAAGAUGCUUUGCAACACGAGCACCAGCACCGCCUGAACGACUUGGAAGAGGCGCUGCAAUCAAAGGACUCCGACGCAGCAAAGGCACUACAGCAGCUGGAAGAAGUCAUCCAAGCAAAAGAUGUCCAACUGCAAGAGCAGGAGCAACAGGCGAAGGACUGCUUAGCAAAUGCCAAAGAUGGCCACGUCGCAGAAAUUGCGGAAAUGCAGAAACUCCAGAAGGAGAAGGAGGAUGAGUUGCACAACGUUAUUGAAAGUCUGAAGGAAGCACACCGGUCGGCGCUCGACCGACGAGAAGCAACCUUCAAGAGCAAGGAGGCCAAACUCAACGAGCUCAUUGAACACCUGACUGCGACACACCAACUGCAGAUGUCCGAAAAGGAGCAGGAUCACAAGCUCAAGGAAGAUGCAGCAGAGGCAACGCUGUGUGCAUUGAAGCAAGAGCUGGCUGACAAGGAGCAUCACACAAGACAAAGCAUUGAGGCAUUAAAAGCGAGCCACGAAGACAGCGAGAGGUCUUUUCGCAAGCAGGAAAAGCAGAUGAAGGAGGCCUUACGCGAAGCCAACACAAAGCACGAAGCCUUGAUGGAAGAGAAGGAGACUUCUUUCAGACAAGCCACGGACGUGCUGCAACAGCAGCUAGGAGCCAAGGAGAUGACACUGCACGAGACCUUGCAAUCACUUCAGUUUCUUCGUAACAGCACGAGCGAACAACUUCAAUGGGAGCGACAACGCACGGAGUCAGAGUUGGCCCUGAUGAGGGACCAGCUGCAAGAGCUACGUAAGAUGCUGCAGCACGCUGAGACAGAAAGAGAUCUCCAGACCGAGCGCGCUUCUGAGCACAAAGCUGCACUUCAGGAAGAAAUUGCACAAUCGAAGAUCAAAGUCGGCGCGCUCCAAGAGGAAUUGGCGAGUCUAAGAGCUGUGGCCAGCGCCAAAGAAGUGGAGUGCGAGAAGUUUCGUCAAGAACGUGAUGCACUGCAGGUGGAGUUCCGAAGCUACAAGGAGCAUCAUGGAACCAGCAACCAGCAGCAGAUGGAGGCAAUUACAGAAUUGAGGCUCACAGUGGACAAAUUGAGCAGACAAGUGGAAUGCACAAAAGCGGAGCUCCACAACCAACAAGGCAACCUAUCUCGUCACCAAGGUUACAUCCAAUCUUUGGAGAGUCAACUGGCUUGUGCCGAGUGCACGCGGCGAGAGCUGCACAACGUCAUUCAGGAGCUGAAGGGUAACAUCCGAGUCUUUUGCCGUGUGCGGCCACAAAUCGGAAAUCAGCAAGCUGCGGCGCAACACUUGCAGAUUGCAGAGAACAAGCUCAACUUGGACUAUAUGAACGAGCUGCACGGUUUCAGCUUCGACCGCGUCUUCUCCGAGAGCUCUUCCCAGGAGGCUAUCUUCGAGGAAGUUGGCGGCCUUGUUCAGUCUGCACUGGAUGGGUUCAAGGUUUCAAUUUUCGCGUACGGCCAAACAGGUUCUGGAAAGACCUACACAAUGCAGGGUUCCUCCGAGCCUGGCGCACUUGGUCUUAUUCCGAGAUCAGUGCAGCAGAUUCUGAAGGCAUCUGAAGCCAUGAGGGCCUCAGGCUGGGUAUGGACUCUUAAAGUUUCUUUCCUGGAAGUCUACAAUGAGGUGCUCCGCGACUUGUUGGGCAGCGAUGGAAGCCAACUGGUUCAUGUCAUCAAACACGACGAUGCCUGGGGCACGUGCGUGACCAACCUCACACUGAUGGAGGUCUCUCACAUGGAGCAGAUCAGCAAACUAAUGGAGACGGCAGCCAGGGCUCGAUCCGUUGGGGCAACUGAAAUGAACGCAUCAUCGUCCCGCUCGCAUUCGAUAUUCGCUUUGUACCUCCAUGGCAUCAACCGGGAGCAGCAUUCUGAAUUGCACGGCGCACUGCACCUGGUGGAUCUCGCGGGAUCUGAGCGGCUCGACAAGUCAGGCUCGACUGGCGACAGGCUCAAAGAGACACAGAACAUCAACAGGAGCUUGUCAAGCCUUGCAGAUGUGUUUCUUGCCAAAGCCGAAGGGCGAUCCCACAUUCCUUUCCGCAACUCGAAGCUGACACAUUUGAUGGAGCCCUGCUUGAACGGUCAGGGCAAGACUCUGAUGCUGGUUACGGUAAGCCCCGAAGCGGACCAUUCGCAUGAGACGCUGUGCUCCUUGCGCUUCGCCUCGCAGGUUCGUCAGCCAGUGUACAACAGGUGGCAAGCCGAAGCGCCACUUGCGAUCGCUGACAAGCGGAAGUGCGAGCGUCGCGAAACCUGCAUCUUCAAGGUCGGUGACCUCGUUGAGGCACGGAAAAUGAGCGGUGGUGAGCUUGGCUUUCCGCUUCGUCCACUUCUCGCUGGGCGAAGCAAAAAUGAGAAGGAGCCCGAAUGGGACCCAACCUUUGAGCCCCUCAUGAAGGUGCUUCUAGGCAAGAAAGGCAUAAAGACAAAGACAGCAAGCGAAGUCGGUCGCAAGAAAGUUGACUAUUUCCGUGGAAAAGACUUCAAGAAGUUCCUGCUGGAAAGUGAAGGGAUCUUGACAAAGAAGUGCCCCAAAGCGCUGGAAGAAGCUUUGGACGGCCAGGUUCCGCAGACUGAUCAGGAUGUUGUUCGGCUGGGCCAAGAGCUGAUUGACCGAAAAUUCUGCUACAAGGCUAUGUACAAGCCCCUGAACCCGACGUCCAAGUCUGAUGAUGGUGCGGAGAAGAAGCCCAAGAAGUGGCCUGACAGAUUGGGCCGAACGCCCAACCAGACCUUCGACUCUGAAGGGUUUUACGUCAUUACAUACGAGGGCGGCAGCGGUCUGCAGCACUUUCUGCUGGGAUUGAUCAUUGCUGGAGUCCUCCUCGCGUGCAUGUUUCCGGUCUGGCCAAUGUGGGCCAAGGUGGGUGUGUGGUACUUGAGCGUGAUAUUUCUGACGUUGUACUUCGGCGUCCUCAUCCUGCGCAUGCUGAUCUUCACCAUGUUCUGGAUAGUUGGCUUUGACUUCUGGAUCUUCCCAAACCUGAACGACGAGUAUUGUGGAUUCCUGGACUCUUUCCAGCCUCUGUAUUCGUGGGAGAAGCGAAAGGAUGACGCCUUGAUGCUUCUAGUUCGCUUCGGUAGCUUGGGCAUAGCCGCGGUGGCGAUCCAGCAAAUUGCGGAAACAACAUCGUUUGAGGAUGUGCAGGACCUGGUCACAAGCUCCUAUGCCGAUGUUCUGGCAUGGGGUGUAGACAAGCUCACCGCCCUGCCAGGAUCGGAAAAACAGGCAUUGCCCAGCGUGGAGGAGCUGCAGAAGGAAAAGGACAUGGAAGAAAAUGAGACGAAUGUGACCGCUGACCUUGCCGAUGAAGAUGAUGACAAGGACGACGAUGUGGCACAGGGGAGUGAAGCACCACAGGAGCAAGUCCACGAAGAAGAGGCUGCGAAAGAGGAAGCCCAGGAUGACAGCUCUUAG